AUGUUCAUUGAAUACUCUCGAUUGCCUGGAUUCGAAAAUAUUAACGUGUCAUUCUCUAGGGGCAUGCUAAGACUGGCAAAGUUUACCAAUUUUGCAACUGUUGAGGAGAGGUUGGAAUACCUCAAGCUCCUUGCAGGUCCGAACAAGUGUAUUCAACGAAUAAGCGUUGACGAUUUUAAAAAACAUCCAGAUGAGGUAAAUUACAUAUAUAUUAUACUGUUAUCUAUUCUCCAAAUGGAGGAAUGCAUGUCGGUCCUUGUUCAGUGCCCGACUGUUUAUUGGACACGAUUCGUUUGGCCUGGGAAAUGUGCCGUGAAAACUUUUCAUUUUGAGAGUCAAACAUUGGCAAGUGCUUUUAAUGCAGUAUUCACUCCUUAUUUUGCAAUAAUGAAAAAGGUUCUUGGAAAAAUAAAAAACAACAUGCUACUUUUUGCAGAGCCUCGAGCAAACAUGAAUAAUUUAUUAAUAAAGCAUUUCCACGAUCUUAUAUAUGAUAACAUAAAGGAUGAAAGAGUAGAUGAAACAAUCCUAUAUCUAAGGACAAACGUCAAUAUCCCAAAUGUUUUUGUUAACAACAAAAAGGCAGUUUUCCAUAGUAACUGUGUAAGAGUUGGAAAUUUUGUUGGUCAGUUCCUGAGGUUUUCCUUCAAACGAACCGUAAAGUGGUCAAAGUUGGAUUCAGUCGACUCAUUUGAAGUUACUGCAGUGAAUUAUAGAAUUUCAGUCAACUGGGAAAAAACACCAAGAAAGGUAUUUCUUCCUCUAAAUUGUGACACAAAGAAUCUACGAUAUAUACCUAAAAAGAAACAGAAUAUAAAGGAAAAAAACUCCACCACAUUCAAGGCAACCAAAAAGCCAGACACAAACGAAAACGCUUGUAAUAAUGAAUCGUUUUCUGUCGAAUUCCCACCUACAACGUCGGCAAAGACAGAAUAUCUGCUGAAAAGCAACUUUUCCUUACAAAGAAUCGAUGAAGAUAACGACCCUGCUCUCCAAGAGUUCAAAUUGAACAGCUCGCUUUUGUUACAAGAACAGACUUAUUCCAAUAAGAACAUCUUACAAAGAGAAUACAGUACUUCCCGUGGAAUCAGCUCUGUCAAUUUAUGUGACAGGCUGCUUACACCUGCCGAACCCAAAUUAUCCAGGAACAUCACCCCCUCCUUAAUGAGCUUGGCACAUCCAGCUGUAAUUACUAGUAGCGGAAAUGUCUCAGAGAACGUUAACUCUCAAUCAAGAGCUAAACCACAAUGCAAAAUGUCUGAACUUGGAAAAACAAAUUCAAGAAAAAAAACUAAUUGGAUCAGUUCAAACCCAGCUCCUGACCCGUAUGAGGAAAUCUCAAUGUGUCCAAGCCUUUUGGAUUCGAAUUUGAAAAGCGUAUCCGAAUUAUUGUCCUACCGUGCCAAUAUAGCUUCACCAAAUUGUUCCUUCUACCCAAAACAAAGUACAAAAAGUGUCAUCAUAAGACACAGGUCGGAUUCCAUGCAAAAGCAAAACAGUGUCUUCAAGAACUACGAACGUUUCAAAGAUCUACUAUGUAGAGGAACCAAUAAAGUACAGGCGGGAAGUCGCAAAUCUGACGUUGAAACAUACAAGAACGAAAGAGAGAAUAUUUUACAAAAACACAUAAUCUUACAAAACAAAACAAAAAAAAAAAUCAAAUGGCUAAAGUAUGACUUGCACAGAGUUACAGCAGCUUUCAGAGCUGCCAAAGAAAGUUGGAACGAACACAGAUUCGAAAAGCCGGACCAUUAA